CUAAACUGCAUGCACUGAAUGUUGCUGUAUCUUAUGCCGCGCUCUCCUCCCCGUAACUUAUAAAAACCAUUAACACUUCGACGAAAGUCAUUUAAAAACUGAAUUCAUAAAAGUGUUGUUUUUACAAUUUCUCAUUUGGCUUUCGUUACAUUUGUCCGGUCUUAAGGAAAAUGUCUAGUUUAAUAAAUAUUCUCUAUUUUUACACUUUAUUGCUAUGUAAAUCCGUAAUUUCAGCUGGCACUCCUGCGCAUACAAAUAAUUACAAGCUGGUUUAUUUUGAUUCUCGUGGUCGCGGUGAAUUUAUGCGGAUUACAUUUGCCGCUGCUGGACAAAAAUUUACUGACUUUCGAAUAACUGAGUCGCAAUGGCCGGGAACUUUCAAAGCGAAAACUCCUUGGGGAACACUGCCAUAUCUUGAGGUCGAUGGAAAAGUUUUAGGAGAGGCCAAACCAAUUAUCAGGUUUUUGGGACAACGUUUCGGGUUUUUGCCUGGUGGAGACUGGGAACAAGCUUUGGCCGGCUCAAUUGUGGAAAAGGCCUUGGAGAUUUAUGAUGGAACAGUAACGAUUUUAUUCCAUACCCCCGAAAGCGAUAAGAAAAAUGCUACCAAUAUAUUCAUGACCGAUACAUUACCGACAAUUUUCCGAAACAUGGAGAAAUUUAUUACCCAGUAUGGAUCAAACGGACAUGUUGUUAACGUUGGAAAUAAGCUGACAAUUGCAGACCUGUCAUUAUUUUGCGCUAUCGAUUUACUGAAAGAGUGGAAAUUCGUCAAAGUCCCCGUGACUUUUCUCAACCCUUAUCCGAAAACUAAAGCGGUGUACAACGAAGUUGCAAAAAAUCCGAGAGUUGCGCAAUAUAUAAAGACUCGCAGAUAAACUGGUGGUGACCUAUCAAGAAUUCCUAAUGACGCUCAAAACCAUCUGGAAGCCUUAAAUAAUUUGUGGCAAUUGCAUCAGACUCAUUAUUACUGUGUGCGCAAUAUUAAAUGACUAGCAAUAAAAAAUUCCCUGAUUAACAGCUCGCCGGGUUC